AUGACUACAACCCAGCUCCCCCUCUCGGAGGUCGACUCCUACGACUUCCUCAUCGUCGGAGGCGGCACCGCAGGCUGCGUCAUCGCAUCCCGCCUCUCCGAAUACCUUCCCUCGCGGCGCAUCCUCGUUAUCGAAGCGGGUCCCUCCGACUAUAUGGACGACCGAGUCCUCCUCCUCAAAGACUGGCUCUCCCUCCUCGGCGGUGAACUCGACUACGACUACGGUACAACUGAGCAGCCCAUGGGCAACUCCCACAUCCGGCACUCGCGCGCCAAGGUGCUCGGCGGCUGCUCCUCACACAACACCCUGAUCUCGUUCCGGCCGUUCGAGCACGAUUGCCAGCGCUGGGAGGCGGCGGGGUGCACGGGCUGGAGUUUCCGGACAUUCACGCGGGUGCUGGAUCGGUUGCGGAAUCGGAUCCAGCCGGUGCAUGAGAGGCAUCGGAAUCAGUUGUGUUUGGACUGGGUAGAGUCGUGCUCGACGGCGAUGGAUAUCCCGGUCAUUCAUGACUUCAAUCGCGAGAUUAGGAACGAUGGGAAGUUGACCGAGGGGGUCGGGUUCUUUUCCGUAGCAUAUAAUCCGGAUGAUGGGAGGCGGAGCAGCGCCAGUGUGGCAUACAUUCACCCUAUUUUGAACGAAUCGGAAAAGAGGCCGAAUUUGACAGUGUUGACCAAUGCGUGGGUCAACAAUAUUAAUGUAGUGGGAGAUAAAGUCACGGGUGUCAAUCUCACGCUUCAGUCAGGGGAAACGCGUACACUAAACGCCAAGUGCGAGACGAUUAUUUGCUCCGGUGCUGUGGACACUCCGAGAUUGCUGAUGCUUUCUGGAAUUGGACCGGCAGAUCAUUUGAAAAGCGUGGGAAUUCCGGUUGUGAAGGACAUCCCGGGCGUUGGGGAGAACCUCCUCGAUCACCCGGAAACGAUCAUCAUCUUCGAGCUCAACAAACCUGUCCCUCCUAACCAGACGACUAUGGAUUCUGAUGCCGGCAUAUUCCUACGCCGCGAGAAGCCGAAUGCAGCGGGCAAAGAUGGCGAUGCGGCAGAUAUGAUGAUGCACUGUUACCAGAUCCCCUUCUGUCUGAACACUGCCCGACUCGGCUACCCCACCCCCAUCGACGCCUUCUGCAUGACUCCCAACAUCCCCCGCCCGCGCUCCCGCGGCCGCAUCACCCUCACCUCCUCCAACCCCACCGACAAACCCGCCCUCGACUUCCGCUACUUCACCGACCCGGAAGGCUAUGAUGCCGCCACCUUGGUCGCCGGCCUCCGCGCCGCCCGGCGCAUCGCCGCGCAAGCCCCGUUCAAGGACUGGAUCGUCUCCGAAGUGGCCCCGGGGCCGAAGGUGCAGACGGAUGAGGAACUGAGCGAGUAUGCGCGACGGGUGGCACAUACAGUGUAUCAUCCGGCCGGAACGACGAAGAUGGGGGAUGUAGCGAAGGAUGCGAUGGCGGUGGUGGAUCCGGAGUUGAGGGUGAGGGGGUUGAAGGGGGUGAGGGUGGCAGAUGCCGGCGUCUUUCCGGAGAUGCCGUCAAUUAAUCCAAUGUUGACGGUGUUGGGGGUUGGGGAACGGGCAGCAGAGCUGAUCGCGGAGAGUUGGGGAUGGAAGGGGGCGGAGAAGGAGAAGUUGUAG